GAGAGUCCGUCGCAAAGUUAUCCAAAUCACAAACUUACAUCGUUACAAAGUGGACUUGUUCUAUGUUGUGGUGGAUAGACAACGCGAGGAGUUGAACAAUCGAUUCACGGGGAUUUCUACAGAAUUGGUUCUUUGUGUGGCUUGCCUUAGUCCUAAAGACACUUUUUCAUCUUUUGACAAGGACAAGUUGAUUCGCAUGGCUCGAUUAUAUCCUUUUGACUUUUCAAUGAUAGAUGUUCUUGCUCUUGACAGUCAACUUGAAACUUUAAUUCUUGAUGUGUGCUCCAACUCUGCAUUUAUAGAUAUUACAGAAGUUGGUUCUCUUGCUCAAAAAUCGGUGGAGACAAAGAAACAUAUUGUGUAUCCAUUAGUUUUUUACUUGUGAAAUUAGCUUUGCUUUUACCAGUGGCCACCACAACUGUGGAAAGAGCUUUCUCAGCCAUGAAGUUCGUGAAGAACAGGUUGCGCAAUCGAAAGGGGGAUGCUAUGAUGAAUGAUGCCUUAGUUAUUUUUGUUGAAAAAGAUAUAUUCAAAAGUGUUGACAAAGAAAAAAUUGUACAACGUUUUCAAAAUAUGAAAACGUGUCGUGGACAGUUGUGAAUUAGUACUUUAAUUUUACCAAUGACAGUAUUUGCUUUUUUGCUUUAUAUAUGUACAUAUUAUUAUAUAAUAUUGUUUUGCU